GUCAGUACUUAACUAGCAAAAUAUUUUCUGUUUUAUCCAUAGUCGCAGCUCACUGUCAAUGGAAAAUGUCUAAAUCAGUUUUGGAUUAUUAAAACUUUCUUGUGAAAAUAUACCAAAUAUUUCGAUACUUUGCUUUCGAGCCUCCUUAGUCAGGACUCACGUUUCUCCGCCAACAACCGAAAUUGCAAACUGUCUAAUCCAAAUAAAAUAUAAGUGUACAAAUUUGAAUAUUCAAAAAUAAUGAGUUGUUUCGCGCGUCAAUUGGAAUGUGGCUGCUGUUCGUCUUGCAACGUUCAUCGAAAUCGGCCUGGCAGCGAUUGUUUUCCCACGCGAUUGGUUCCAGAUACGCAGAUCCCCUCCAAAAAACCCAAGUGUAGAUCGUCCCCGAUCAAGCCUACGAUAUCUAAGACCAAUAACAAACGGGCACCGCAACUCAAAAAUGAAAAGCGGAUAAAUUUUCCAUUUGACAGCGAACACAGCAUAGAUUCUAAAGGAAAACAAAAAUGCCAGUGCGAUCCGAAACAGACAAAAAACAAGCAAAAUUUCCAAUACCAGGAUUUAAAGAAGCGUAUGGAGGUAAUAAGCGAGGAAGCAGAAAACGAUUCUGCUGACGACGAACAAUUUGGGAGUAAAAGCGUCCAAAACUCGUGCGCCGACUUCCUCAAUAUUGUGCAUGACACUGUGCUGGAGACGGUGCAGAGCUCCGUCGAAGGCAUGAUGCGUAAUUAUUUUGCGCAAACCGCGGAAAAGAUCGAAACGUUGUGUUCGCAGAUGAUGAGAAAUGAAUGCUUGCUAAGCAAAAUGUAUUUGGAUGUUCUAGAUAAACUGGAACAGCAGAACGAAAAAAGUUUGCAGCAGUUUAAAUGUUUGUGUCAGUUUAUUGUCGAAACGCAGAAAGAAGCCAGCGAGGAGCGCGUACAGAAUCAGAAAUGCUGUUGCCCGAAUUGUGGAACCACCGAGGAGGUUUUUGUAUCAUUGGCUAGAGAAAAGGCGUUGUCGGCAGGGCGUCAUCUCUCCGACAAUGGUGCUGGUAAUGGCUAUCGCAACUUCAGCCGUAACGGGGGUGGCAAUGUGCGCAGUGAACAAAAUCUAAGGCAUCAUCGAGACUUUGAUAACGAACCAAAAACUCAUCUCUCUCUUACAAGCUGCACAAAUUCAUUAUCACAACUCAAGUCUAAAACGGGUGUUAUGCCAACUAGUUGUACUAGUAUGAGCAAUAAAGAUAUUCCUCGAAAUAUAAGGCAGUUAAGUGCAUAUUCAGAUUCGGGUCAAUUUUGGAAUUGCAAUAACCGCCGAAGUCCUCAACAAUCAAGGGUCGAUGAAAAUUGCAAAAUAUAUCAAAAUGAAAAUCGAAUGGAAGAGGGCAAAUACGGCAAUGUGAAAAGGGGGCUGAGCGACACAAUAGUGUCAAAGAGGGUGCAAUUGUAAAAGCAAUAUAAGAUUUUUCUUUGUGGUUGUGUUAUCGAAGAUACAGACCUUUUCUCAAGUUACUUUUUUGAGCAGCUUAUUUGAGCAAAAGUCCGCGCCUUUCGAUUUGGUGAAAGAAACACAUAAUUUUAAACCCUGAAAUUUAAUAAAGGUUGAAAUAUUCGCCUUUAUGCAAAGUAGGGACUGCUGCUUCUAAACCUUAAGAGAUGAAAAUGUCCAAAAAGUCCAACUUAUACCCUCAUACUUGCGCUUGUACGACAUUUUUAUCCAUUACGGUUUAGAAAAAGAGAUGCUGAUGCUUUACAUAAAUGCAUUUAUGAAGCCCGUAAAUAUUAAACUACGCCAAGCCCGAAAAUAUAAAUAAAGAUUCGUCCUCUGUAUUUCUACAAA